AUGGAGAUCUUCUCUCUGCUGCUGCUUGGCCUAGGACUGAUUCUUGCAGAAGCUUCAGAAAGUAUAAUGGAUAAAGAAGAAGUUGCAGAGGAAAAGAUGCAACAUGAGAUAGUAAAAAGUGGCCAAGAAAAGACUGAUGAGGUAUUAAUGAACUUGACUCUGUUUGAUAAAAAUGCCAGCCUCAGCUUGUCCAAGGACAUUAUGCCUUCUUCAUUACUGACAUUCAGGUUAUGUUAUAGCAUAUCUAAAGGAAACAGUCCCUUUAAUGACAAAGAGUGUUGCAAUAACAUGAUAGUUUGGAGAAAGGUUUUAGAAGCUAAUAUGUCAUUCAAAUCAAGCAAUAACUUCAUCCAUGGCCCGGGUGAAGUGAUUCACAGGAUCCACAAAGCCUCCAGCUGCAAGUGUGGACAGAAUUCUGGCAUACGUGGCUGUGAGAGCCUGGAACUGGAGAAUACUGCAUGCCAGCUCACCACAGGCAAACAAUUCCCCAGGUGCCAAUACCACAGCGUUACUUCAUUAAAGAAGAUACUGACAGUGCUGGCAGGUCAUCCUCUGAUGAGCUGGUUGGUUGGUGGCUCUAAAUUGUAA